UGCCAGCUCAUUGGCCCAUUUAUUAAUCAGAUUUUUUUUGCUAUUGAGUUGUUUGACCUCCUUGUGUAUUCGAAUAUUUACCCCUUCUACCACGUUGGGUUUGCAAAUAUUUUCUCUCAUAAUCUGGGUUGCCUUUUCAUUUAGUUGAUGGUUUUCUUUGCUGUGCAGGUGCUUUAGCGUUCAAGGCAGCGCUGCUUGUGUAUUUCCAUUUUAUUGCCUGUGCCUUUGAUGUCACAGCCAAGAGACAAUUGCCCAAAUUAAUGUUAAAAAGCUUUAUCCCUAUAUGUUCUUCUAGUAGUUUAUGGUUUCAGAUUUUAUGUUUAGGUCUUCAAUCCAUUGAGUUGAUUCUUGUACGUGGUUUAGGAAAAAAGACCAUGUAUACACAUAUCUCAAAUUCUAAGGUAGUAUACAUUAGAUGCAUACAAUGUUUAAUUGACCCAUGUAUGUAAAUAGAGCUGAAAAUAAUAAACAUAUUUUUAUCUUACAAUCAAUUCUAUCUCUAUCUCACUGAACUUUUUCACCUAUAGCCUGAUGAGGUUGCUGUCCUCUCUACCAGCUCCUAUAGGAGACUGCUCAUCCCUAACCUCAAACACCCCUUCAUGAGGGUGGUAAUGCCCUUGAAUCCUGCAAUGAAUUAGUUCUCUACUCCAGUGGAAUUCAGGUCUGUUAUGAAGGGCUGCAUCUCUGAAGAGAAGAGGGCUCAUUUUUAGAAAAUAAGAGACAUUUAUUCCCUGAAAUUACUGAAUUAAAGCACUGUUUCUAUUAUUUUUUGCAAUAUUAAAAAUAAAUAUCUAAGCAGGUAAAAACGGAAAAAAUGGUAGGGUCCUUAUCAGCACCAUGAGCUCCAACCUAGCACAGACAUUAAACCUAGAGAUUCAUGCUAGAAUGAAAGCUGGGAGAGCAGAGGAGCCUCAGAAGGAUGUGGAGGCCAAUGGAUACCUGCACCAUCUCCAAUGAAACGCCCGCCUCCUCUCACUGCAGCAUCCAUCUCUUGCAGCAGGGCUAUAAAUCCAGGGUGGCUCCUCCAUCCCCACACAUUUGCUCCUGCUCUCCCUCCUCUCCUCCAGGUGACCACAGGUUUGAAGACCCUCACCCUCCUCUCUGCCAUUCUCCUGGUGGCCCUCCAGACCUGGGCAGAGCCGCUCCAGGCAAGAGCUGAUGAGAGGCCAGCCCAGGAGCAGCCUCCAGCAGGCGACCAUGAUGUACUCAUUUACUUUUCAGGAGAUGAGGGCUCCUCUCUUCAGGUUCCAGGCUCAAUGAAGGGCUUGAUCUGCCAUUGCAGAGUACUCUACUGCCUUUUUGGAGAACAUCUUGGUGGGACCUGCUUCAUGCAUGAUGAACGCUACCCAAUCUGCUGCUACUAAGCUUGCAGACUAGAGAAAAAGAGUUCGUAAUUUGCUUUGAGCAUUAAAAGGAAUUGUUAUUCCUACACCAUGUCAUCAAUUUCCUGUCCUCAUCCCAAAUAAAUACUUGGUACCAUGAUAUCCGGGUGUUUUGUUUUGUUCUGUUUUGUUUUGUUUUGUUU